ACAGGAAAUUAAGAGGCAAGAGCAAAGAGCAGCAUGGUAUUUACUCACCGUGCUCUGAGACGAGACUCUGCUUUUAUCUUUUGAGUCUCUAACAUGCAGUGUGGCUUUCUGCAUUUGGAGAUCAGACUAAGCAGCAGCUAAGGAACUCGGUGAGCAAACUUUCUUAUUCUACUGUACCGUUUUUGAGCUUUAAAUGUAGUUUCAGAUUUUCCAAAUGAGAUCUGACAUGUAGAAAACCGCAGCAGGUUAAGAAGUUUUUAUAGAAUCACAAUCAUUUGUUGACUUGACUUUAGAGUUUUUAUCAGUUGUAAAAAUGUAUAGCCUCGCUAUUAGUAGAGAAAACUUGAGAAUACUACCCCUGUUUCUAAAAAGUUCAGACCCUUUAAAACCACACUAAUGAAAAUAAUGCAAAGACAAAAUAUCAAUUUGCAUGUUUUCACAAGAUGGAACAAAAAGGGCACUCCAGAGAGGGUGAAUCAUCCAGAAGAGGUUUCUCACUCUUUAAGAGACUGCAAGAGCAAACAUUAAAAAGAUUUCAGAGUUAAAGGAAUAUUCCGCCGUAAAAUUAAUUUAGGGUCAAACACACCGUAAAACCAAGUUAGACACCCCCUCGAGAGAUGAAUGUUGCCGACCACUUGCUUCUCUUGUUUUACCAACUUUAGUAACGACCACAGGUUAGCAAUACACAGCGGUCUGAGGAGCCAUAAACAAACCUCAACCAAAACACCACUCUAUAGCCACAAAUAAUGCUCAGAACAGCACCUUACUUCAUCAACAGGACAUAUAGAUAUAUAUGCAUAUACAAAUAUACAUAUAUGAAGAAGUUAGGUGCUGUUCUGAGUAUUAUUUGUGGCUAUAGAGUGGCGUUUUGGUUGUGGUUUGCAUGUGGAUCCAUAGACCGCCGUGUAUUGCUAUGGUGUGGUCGUUACUAAAGUUGGCAUUACUAGAGAAGAAAGCGGUUGGCAACAUUAACCUCUAGAGGGGGUGUCUAACUCGGUGUUGCGGUGUGUUUGACCCAAAAUGAUUUUACGCCGGAAUAUCCCUUUAAGUUCCUCAGCAUUUUUUGCAAACUUAGUGAUUUUAUAUAAAAUCUGGAGAAAACUUGGAAUAACAGGGACAAGCCUGAAAGCAAAAACUGGAUGGCUGUGAUCUACAGGUCCACGGCAUUAAAAACAGAUAUGACUCUGUAGUGGGAAUCACCACAUUGGCUCAAAAAGACACAUAUGUGACUGCAGGGAUAGCUCAAAUAUGUAAGAAGGCACCUUUAAUGGAGCAACAUAUGCUUCAAGAUCCUUAUUCUGCACGUAUUACAACACGGCUCUGUAGUAGAAGAUUUGCUGAAGUAAGUUUUUAUUUUGAGGCUUGUUCUGCAGGUGUGAAAGUAAAAGUGGAAACACACUGACAGGAAACUUGUUUGUGUCGCUGCAGAGAAAGAAAACUGCAGCGUUUGUAAGAAUCAACCUACGCCGCGAUCAAACCUGUGAAGAUGAAUGUGACUGACAGCUGCAGCGUCCCGUCAGCGGAGUACCAGUACUACCUGUUCCCAGUCGUCUACAUCCUCUCUUUAGUGUUCGGUCUACCGGGAAACAUCUCCGCCUUCUUCGUAUUCGCCUUCAGGACGACUCCCCGCACGGCUUUCAGCGUCUUCAUCAGCAACCUGGCGCUGGCUGACAUCGUCAUCCUCCUCACCCUGCCGUUCAAGAUCCAUUACCACCUCAACAGGAACAACUGGGUGUUCGGGGACGUCGCUUGCCGCGUCACUGGGAUUCUUUUCUUCGCCAACAUCUACUUGAGCAUCUGCUUCAUGUCGUGCAUCUGCGUGGAUCGGUACAUGGCGACCGUUCACCCGCACACAUACCUGCGGUUGAGGAGCCCCCGCUGCUCUCUGGUUGUGAGUGUGGGGCUGUGGUGUGUAGUCGGGGUCGCUAUGUUGGUCUUCGUCCUCAUGGGUCCUCUGGAGACAAAAAAGGACGUUUCUGGGAGCCACAGCUGCUUCGAGAACUUCGCCAAACAAGAGUGGGACAAACGUUUGCGGGUGUACAGCCUGCUGAGUCUGAUCUUCGGCUCUCUGGUGCCCUCUAUCAUCAUCCUGGUGUGUUACCCGCUGGCUGCGAGGCGAAUCGCCAUGAUCAAGACCACAACGGCCCAGAAAGCGGUGAGAGUCAUCUACAUCAUCAUCGCUAUAACGCUGCUCUGCUUUCUGCCCAAUCACAUGGUGUAUCUGCUGCACUUACUGCGGCGGAUGCGUGUCAUCCAGAGCUGCUCCGCUGCCAACGCCAUCUACCACGCCAGGCGGGUCACCAUGGCGCUUGUCAUCCUCAACACGUGCCUGGACCCUGUGCUGUACUACAUCACCACCAGCCACUGCAAAUGGAAGAACUUAAAGAUAACUUUUCCCACGGGGAGAUUCAGGAGGCGCAGAGGGGUUUACACCAUCGCCACUUAAAGACGACAACGCACACAUCACGGUCACAGCGUGCACAAAAGCAAACUUUCCUAUAAAGAGGUUUAUUUUACAUCCAAACAAAGAAACGUUUCUAAUAGAAAUGAAAAAUGUCCAUGAGAAUCUGCAAAUCUGGGCUGGAGCCACUUUAAGUCCAUUAUCACGACUAAUUUCCACCUUUUUGAAGUUUACGGGUAACUUUUUGAGAUCUUCAGCCGCCACAAAUCCAGGCUUGGCAGAGUAGUUUUCACAGUUUAGGGGCUAAAGUUACACGGAGAGUCCCUCAGCAGAGUCCAGAUGGAAGCCCUUUUUUCAGCAGAGUCGAGAGGAAACUCCCCAGGUCCUCAUCCUGGAACAGACAGCAGAUAAGCUCCAUUUUUAAUUUGAACAGAAUCAGAUCAAAAUACUACGACGUCCAGAAAAAGCUAAUUUUUACCCAUACUGUAAAAUAUUUCAUGUCAUUUGAAUCUUGAUGAUUAAAGCUCACAAAAAUCAAAGGUCCAAUCCGUUUACUUCUUGAAUUUGUCUUUUUCAGAGACUUUCUAAAAUGUACAACUUGACCUGCAGAGGACUAACUCUAGCAUCCAAAAAGUUUGUUUCUAACCUGAAAUCCCCUGGAAUAAAACUGUAAACCUCUUAUUUUUGCAUUUACCAGAGUUUGUUUGACCUCUUUUUGGUUCUUUCAGAGUUCGCUCAACUAGUUUGACAUACAGAUGUAUUGUUAACAAUGACGGAGAAGAAGAAAACGACUGUAAACUGUAUCACCCUGUUUUUGUAAAUUCAGUUUGUGUGUGUAAAUUUGUGGGCUUGACUUGUGCGACAGUCUGGAUGGUAAACACGUUUGUUUAAGUUUUGGCACAAGAUGAAUAUUUGGGAAGUACAAAGAACUUUGUGUAUAAAGUUUGUACAGAUUUAUUCAGGGUUCCUACACAGUUGGAAUUUCCAUACUUUUCCGUACCUUACUUUUUAGAAUUAUUUUUGCAAAUACCUCCUUUUCUAUUUUAGAAAACAGUAUUUCAUUACUAUGGUAACAUAGUCUGUUAACAUAAAUAUUUUUCCAUACUUUAUUUUUCAUUUUCCAAACUUUUUAAGACCUGGAAACUGAUCAAAUUACUUCCAUACUUUUCCAUACUUGUGUAGGAACCUUGUCUAUAGGACGUGGUAGGAAACCUAAGUUGAUACCUUAUAGUCUUUUUGAAACGUGCUGUUUUUAGUUUGAUUAUUGUGUAUUUUUAGUUUUGUUUAUUCUUUUUUGUUGAUCAGGUCAUGUAAUAAAUAAAAAAAUCCCACAAUCCUCAAA